CAACACUCACAUCCUCUCAAUUAUUGCUUCAAUCUCACCUGCAUCUCUCAUCUCUCAUCUCAUCACUCUUGACAGCCCAACACAAGAAUAAAGCAAGAUGGCUCAAUACGGGAGGCACACCGACGAGUAUGGCAACCCCAUCCGUCAAACCGAUGAGUAUGGAAACCCCAUUCACCGCACUGGAGCUGGAGGAGGUACUCUCGGGGACUAUGGUCCCAUUACUGGAGCUGAUCACACCCCCACCGCCACCGCCGGCCCUUAUGCUAAUCAGUAUGCAGCCACCGGGGCUUACGCAACUGAUCCGCAUGGACCCACCGGGGCUUAUGGAACUGAUCCCUAUGGAGCCACCGGCACCACCGGAGCUUAUGGAACUGAUUCCUAUGGAGCCACCGGCACCACCGGAGCUUAUGGAACUGAUCCAUAUCGAGCCCCGGGCACCACCGGAGCUUAUGGAACCCACUGUGGUAGUGGUGGCGGGAUUGCUGCUGGAACUACUGACGUUGGUCUUGGUGGCGUUCACCGCCGCCGCUCUGGCAGCUCAAGCAGUUCGUCGUCUUCGGAGGACGACGGGCUUGGUGGAAGGAGAAAGAAGGGGCUGAAGGAGAAGAUAAAGGAGAAGCUACCUGGGGGGCAUUCCACCGGGGGCGGCGGUUAUGGUCAUGAAUACGGCGGAGCGGAGCGUCCACACCAUGAAAAGAAGGGAAUGAUGGAGAAAAUCAAGGAGAAGCUGCCGGGCCACCAGCAUAAGUGAUAUUUUGCGCCGGGCCGGACUUAUGUCAUGGAUAUAUGCUAUAUUGUACGUGAGCAAUAAUGCUAAGGUUUUUUUUUGUUUUUCUUCUUUUGAAGUUAAUGAUGCUCAGUUUAUGUUGUUUUUAUGAUGUCUGUAAGUUGUGAGAAAGAGUUUGUAACACGGGUGUGCCGCUACUAAUUAAUACGUACCACUCAGCUAUAAUAUUUAUGCCACACUUUUCGGGCG